AUGGUCCCUGACACUGGGCAGGGCCAUCACCCUGCUGCCUGCUCAGAGUUCUCCGUCCUUGAAACUGGGCAGAACAACCACCCUGCUGCCAACGCCAAGGGCCUCACCCACAACACUGGGCAAAACCACCACCCUGCUGCCAGCACCAGGGGCCUCACCCUUGACACCGGGCAGAACCACCACUCCUCUGCUGGUAUCAAGGGCCUCGACACAGGCACCACCAGAUCUGUGCUUCAGCCAGCCAAGGGUGAAGAGAAGAAGCAGUGUGCCCUCACUGAACCUCCUGUGUGCCUGGACAUUCCUCAUGACCCACCCAAACUGCAGCAAUGGGCCAAACGGACACCCCACAAACCAAAGAACGAGCAGCUGGCAUGGGGAAAACAUUUGAUCCAGACCCAACACAAGUCCACUGGUAACGCUGGGCACAACCAGGAGAGGGGGGAGACUGGAUCAUCCUGCUUCGGGAGCUUUGACCUCUACUUUGUUCUGGACAAAUCUGGGAGUGUGCAGCACCACUGGAUUGAAAUCUAUCACUUUGUGGAACAUCUGGCUCAUAAGUUCAUAAGUCCACAGCUGCGCAUGUCCUUCAUUGUGUUCUCCACUGAGGGAAGGAUUUUGAUGCGGCUCACAGAGGACAGGGAGCAGAUUCGCAAAGGUCUGGAGGAGCUCCAGAAGGUACUUCCAGGUGGAGACACCUUUAUGCACGAGGGCAUCCAGAGGGCCAGUGAGCAGAUAUAUUAUGGAAACUCAGAAGGAUACCGUACUGCCAGUGUCAUCAUAGCUCUCACAGAUGGAGAGUUGCAUGAGGACCUCUUCUACUAUGCUGAGAGAGAGGCCAACCGUUCGCGGAGUCUGGGUGCCUCCGUAUACUGUGUGGGGGUGAAGGACUUCAAUGAGACACAGCUGGCAAAGAUUGCUGAUAGCAAGGACCAUGUAUUCCCAGUGAACGAUGGCUUUGAAGCACUGCAGGGGGUCAUUGAUUCGAUAUUAAAGAAGUCCUGUAUUGAGAUCCUGGCGGCUGAGCCCUCCAGUAUCUGUGCAGGAGAAACGUUCCAGGUGGUGGUGAGAGGAAACGGCUUCCUCCAUGCUCGCAAUGUCCAUAAGGUCCUGUGCAGUUUCCGAAUCAACGACACACUCACCAAGAGUGUGAAGCCAUUAAUAGUGGAAGAUACGUAUCUCCUCUGUCCUGCACCCAUUCUCCAGGAAGAGGGAAUGGCAGCCAACCUCUAUGUCAGCAUGAAUGAAGGUCUCAGUUUUAUCUCCAGUUCAGUCACCAUUACAACAGUGGGCUGUUCUGAUGGAACCAUCCUGGCCAUCGCCCUGCUCAUCCUCAUGCUGCUUUUAAUCCUCAUGAUUCUCUGGUGGUUCUGGCCUCUUUGCUGCACUGUGAUUAUCCAUGAGCCCCCACCAGCAGUAGUGGAAGACAGUUCGGAUGAGGAAGAAGAUGGGAUGCCUAAGAAGAAGUGGCCCACGGUCGAUGCCUCCUACUAUGGGGGCAGAGGUGUGGGUGGAAUCAAAAGGAUGGAGGUGCGUUGGGGUGAGAAAGGCUCUACUGAGGAGGGAGCCAAACUGGAGAAGGCAAAGAAUGCCAGGGUGAAAAUGCCUGAGCAGGAGUUCAUACAGUCCCCCACCCGCAUUCUCAAUAAUGGCAUGCGCAAGCCUCCAGGUCCUCACAAGUGGUACUCACCAAUCAAGGGCAAAUUGGACGCUCUGUGGGUGUUGCUGUCGAAAGGCUAUGACCGCGUGUCUGUGUUGAGACCACACCCAGGAGACAAGGGCCGAUGCAUGAACUUCACCCGGGUCAAGUUCAAUCCUCCUCCUUGCUACCCCCACUACAACCAUCACUCAGCCCCCAUCUACACCCCUCCAAGAGGAUCAAGUCCACCGCCUCCCCAAGGCAUGCUCCCCCCUCCCCCCAACAGCCCCCCAGCAUCCCCUUCACCAUCCUCUACCUCCACACUGCCCUCAACACCCCCUCCUUUUUUUACCAUUACACCUCCACCUUACACUCCUCCUCCAACUCGAGCCCUUCCUCCAACCACUCUGUAUAUACCCCCUCCUAUGUGCCCCCCCUCCCCUCCACCACCUGCAUCCCCAACCGGCGCUCUACCCCCUCCACCAGGACGAGGCUCCCUGCCACCACCUCCUACCCGCCCACCACCAUGCCCAUCUGUAGAUCCUCAGUAG